AUGACGUCAGGAGGCGCGCGCUUCCCGCGGCCCCGCCCCGAGGCGGGAGUUGCGCGCUGGGUGCAGGACCGCCCCGGCGACAGGAGGAUUGCUACCUCUCUAGGGCAGGCAGGCAGUGCAGCCGGGUCUCCAGGGAAUGAAUGGAUUUUCUUCAGCUCUGAUGAAAGAAACACACGCUCUAAGAAAACAAUGUCCAACAGGGCACUGCAAAGAUCUGUCGUGCUGUCAGCGUUUGUUCUGCUGCGAGCUGUUACCGGAUUGUCUGGAGACGGGAAAGCGAUAUGGGAUAAAAAACAGUACGUGAGUCCGGUGAAUGCAAGUCAGCUGUUUCUCUAUGACACUUUCCCUAAAAACUUUUUCUGGGGUGUUGGAACUGGAGCAUUUCAAGUGGAAGGGAAUUGGCAGGCAGACGGAAGAGGACCCUCGAUUUGGGAUCGUUUCAUCUACACACACCUGAGAGAUGUCAGCAUCACAGAGAAAUCCGCCGACAGUUACAUUUUUCUGGAAAAAGAUUUGUUGGCUCUGGAUUUUUUAGGAGUUUCUUUUUAUCAGUUCUCAAUCUCCUGGCCACGGUUGUUCCCCAAUGGAACAGUAGCAUCCGUGAAUGCAAAAGGUCUCCAAUACUACAACAAACUUCUGGACUCGCUGAUACUUAGGAAUAUUGAGCCCGUUGUUACCUUAUACCAUUGGGAUUUGCCUUUGGCGCUACAGGAAGACUAUGGGGGUUGGAAAAAUGCAACUAUGAUAGAUCUCUUCAAUGACUAUGCCACAUACUGCUUCCAGACCUUUGGAGACCGUGUCAAGUAUUGGAUUACAAUUCACAACCCUUACCUGGUUGCUUGGCAUGGGUUUGCCACAGGUAUGCAUGCGCCAGGAGAGACGGGAAAUUUAACAGCUGUCUACAUUGUGGGACACAACCUGAUCAAGGUACUGUACAGCUGGCUUCUCACAAGAGCUUUAGAACACAGGAGUGGGGGUUAG